AUGCCAACACAAGGAAAAAGCAGCAAAAUGCUGCAACAUAUUAAUUAUCGUAUGCGAUGUACAUUACAAGAUGGCCGUCAACUUGUUGGAACAUUUAAAGCAUUCGAUAAACAUAUGAAUCUUAUUCUAGCUGAUUGUGAAGAAUUUCGUAAAGUACGAAGUAAAACUGAUAAAGCCGAACGUGAAGAACAACGACCAUUAGGUUUAAUUUUAUUACGUGGUGAACAUCUUGUUUCAAUGACAGUCGAAGGACCACCACCAAAAGAGGAAGUCGGUAUUGCUCGAGUGCCAACCAGUGCAGCAGCAGCAGUAGCAGCACAAGGUGCUGGUCGUGCAGCCGGGCGUGGUGUCAUACCACCAGUACCAGGUGCACCUAGUUUUGCUGCUCCUGGUCUUCAAGGACCUGUACGUGGUAUUGGUGGACCUGGUUUCAAUCAAAUGGCACCUCCUGGACGUGGUAUGCCAGUUGGAAUGAGAAUGCCACCAAUUCCACCUCCAAUGGGAACACGUCCACCAGGAAUGUAA